CUAAACCAUAACUUACAACAAAUUGUACCCGUAAAAUAAUAAUAUUGUGACAAACGGCCCCACUGCCUUCAUUUGUUAAUUAUUUUAAUUAAUUUUUAAUAAGUCUAGUUUAUCGAUUCCUUCUCAAACGCUCAACCGUUAAACAUCUUUUCUGUUUUUAUUUUGAUAAGCUAAAAGAUGUCUCAGUCUAGUCCGAGUAUUUUAAACAGUCUGAUGAGAUAUAGGUUCCAGAGGAAGGUUCAAUUUAAUAAUAAUGAUUCUCUAUCACAACAGAGCGAGCAAAGCCAAGAGACAGACACUGAUUCCUACGCAGGAUCCAGCACAGACACAGACUCUGUCAUCAAACCUGUUCAGAUCGGCAACGGAAACAUGAUCAAUUCAGAAAAUCAGAGUGAUGCUGCAAACAAUAUGGAAAGUGUUUGGAAGAAUCUAGGUGUUGGUAAAAGGCUGAAAAAUAUUACUGUUAGCGAGGUGGUGAGUGUUAAGCAGGAAGAUAGAGUUACUCACGCGAUAUCCGACUCUGAAGAUGAGAAUGAGGAUAAGAACGGUCAGUCCGUUCCAGUGGAGGAAGAUGAUGAUGAUGAUGUUAUCUUUGUAUCUAACCCUCGGUCUCGAACUCCACGUCCUAUCAUCUUGUCUGACGAUGAUGAUGAUCCUCCAGUUAAUUCAAACAACCAGAAUUCUUUUUGUUCCGAGGACACUAGUUUUAAGAAAGAACCAGAAAUCUUUAUCGUGGAUGACGACAGCAACAGUGUAGAAAUCAUCGGUAGUGAUUCAGAAACUAAACCAAAUGUCGAGACUACACAAAAGCAACAGGAAACCCAAGCUGAACCCCAAGUAAACGGCAAACGGAAAGCUACCUCAGAAUCGCCUAGACCAAAAGCUAAAAGAAGAAGAAAGAGAAAAAAGAUUAAUUCAGAUUCAGAAGAUGAGAACUCACGAGGGCCCAGAGUGUUUGACAGUGAUGCGGACACAGAUGAGGAGAUUUCAGGAGAGAUGACCGAGUCUCAGAGUAAAGUCUUCAACUUCUUCAACACGGCCACCGAAGGGGAGCUGAAGCUUGUGCCAUCUGUGACAGUCAAGAAGUUAGAAGCCAUUCAGAAGUUUAGGCCUUUUAACGGCUGGAAAGACCUAGUGACUAAGUUCCAAACAGAGAAGUUCCUGAGCACUAAUCUGUUGAACGGAGCACAGCAAGUGUUGGAGGCUCGGGGGGCUGUGUCCUACUUGAUGCGCAAGUGUGAAAAGAUCGCACAACGCACAGAGAACGCAAUCGCAGCCGGCUCUCACAGUAUUACUCAACAGCCUUCCAUCCUCAAUCCAGAGUUAAAACUGAUGCCGUACCAGAUGGUAGGACUGAACUGGCUGAAUGUGAUGAACCUGCAGAGGCUCAGUGGUAUCCUGGCAGAUGAGAUGGGUCUGGGCAAGACUAUCCAAGUGAUUGCCUUCCUGGCACAUCUCAAAGAGACAGGCCAGACCGAGGCCAACAGUCCUCAUCUAAUCGUGGUUCCUGCAUCCACGCUAGAGAAUUGGUGUAUAGAGUUUGAGAAGUGGUGUCCCUCCUUGAAGGUGGAGCAGUACUACGGCUCACCUGAGGAUAGAAGAUGGCUGAGACAUGCCUGGUUCAAGGAUGGAUUCCUCGACACGGAAGUGGUGUUAACUACGUACAGCAUGGUUGGCAGUUGUUACGAGGAGAGAAAAAUGUUCAGAGUCAAACAUUUUCACUAUGUCGUCUUUGAUGAAGCUCAUAUGUUGAAAAACAUGAACACACAGCGAUACGAGAAUCUCAUUAAUAUCAAUGCCCUCCAUAGAAUACUGUUGACUGGGACGCCUCUACAGAACAACCUACUAGAACUCAUGUCUCUCUUGGUGUUUGUCAUGCCUGACAUGUUUUCUGGAAAAUCUGAAAAUCUCAAGUUCCUAUUUUCAAAAAAUCCUAAACAAAAUAUUGAGGAUGCACCUUUGUUUGAGCAAGAACAAGUACGGAGAGCCAAGCGAAUCAUUCACCCCUUCAUUUUAAGGAGGCUUAAGGUGGACGUUCUUAAAGAUCUGCCGACUAAAACAUCAACAGUGGUGAAAUGUGCGAUGGAGGAAGACCAAGCUGCUAAGUACGCAGAACUUCUAGAAGAGGCUCGAGACGACACUGGCCGAGAGAUCAACUCCAUGACAAUUAUGAUGAGGCUGCGCAAGAUGGCAAAUCAUCCUCUCACUCUGCGAUAUCAUUACCAGGAUGACAUGUUGGCAAAGAUAGCCCAGCUGCUGUCUACUGACCCUACAUAUAAGGAGAAUGACCCAGAAAGAAUCCUGGAGGAUCUACAAUGGAUGUCAGAUCACCAAUUGCACAAACUUGUCAAGGUGCACAAGUGUCUGUCGGGUAAUGAACUGCCUGAUCCUGUCCUCGUCCUCAGUGGUAAGUUCCUCAAACUGGACGAGAUCUUGCCACCGCUCAAGGAGACGGGACACAAAGUUCUCAUCUUUUCUCAGUUUGUGUUCUUGCUGGAUAUAAUGGAGGAUUACAUGCGAGUCAGACAACACAACUUUCUACGCUUGGACGGCUCCACGCCUGUUUGUGACAGGCAAGACAUGAUUGAUGAGUUCAACGAAGACGAAUCCAUUUUUGUUUUCUUGCUGUCAACCAAAGCUGGUGGCAUCGGGAUAAAUCUGACGGCUGCUGACACUGUGAUUAUACACGAUGUAGACUUCAACCCUUACAACGACAAACAGGCAGAGGACCGUUGUCAUAGGAUGGGACAGACCAGACCUGUGACUAUCAUGAGAUUUGUGAGUGAAGGGACCAUUGAAGAGGCGAUCUUGAGGAUAGCUCAAGAGAAACUGCAUUUAGAAAGAGAAGUUACUUCUAUUAAAGACGAUGAAGUGAUGGCAACCAUCGACGUUGCACAGCUGUUGAGAGAAAGUUUGGGUAUCUCCAAAGCCUCCUGACCCUCGCGUGUGCGCUGCACGGUCACUCAACCUGCUAGCACGUCCGUGCACGCUACAACAGGGCAAACGUCUGCGGACUGUGAUAUUAUUGAAUUGCUGUGAGUCAACGGUGCUACUCUUUGACCCGUUGUAAUUCCUAAGGGUAUACAUGUAAUUAGGGUUUUAUGAUGGAAAGCUGAAAGGUUUAAGGAGUUCUGAAAGGAUAAAGUUCAGAUAGUUUACUCAAGAGAGGAGUACAAGAGUUGAUAGAUACUUAAUACAAGGUCACAUUUACAAAAUGCAGAACCAGAAACGUUUGGCUAGUUCCACAAAGUUAAAGUAGGCUAAAUAAAAAUCUGAAGACAACACAGAAAAACAUUUACGAACGUUAAACAAUUAGCUUCAAUAAGUGAUCAUUUGAUGCCAUACCAGCAGAAGGCGAUUCCAAAGAACCACAUUUUCUCCUUAUGAGGGACAAAUUUAAAAUUAUUGUAUUAAAGGUGACAUAAUGGUGGCACAGUUGCCUAAUCGAGCCUGCUUUCUAAAGCAAACGAGAAAGAAAGUUCACAAAAAUGACACUGGUAUUUCAUUCUCAGAUAGGACUUUUGGAGAGUAGUUUGAAGAUAAAUUUGUGAUGAGAUCAAAGCUUGAGUCAUUUUAGUUAUCUUUUUUAAACAUGUAGAGUACCGGUACUUUGGUUUAGAGUUUUAGUUUUAGUUAUUUUAGUUGCCAUCUUGAUUGUUUUCUUUUUCUUUUUUUUGACGAUUGUCAUGAACUUUGUACUUAGUUUUAAUGACAAUAAAGCAUUUCAUUUCAAGUAUAUUGGCCACUAAAGAAAAAGCAUAUAUUUACAAACAGAAUGUAGAACAAAAGAUGUUUUAUGUACAGGAACAUUUAAAAGAGGCUAACUAAUAAGGUUGAAGAUGUUUUCAUAACUUGAGGUUAGGAAGACUUUCGGUCUUCGGUAAUGUACUGGUAGUUACAACGUAACCCGUGUUUUUAAGAUAGGACUUUUCAGAGAGCAUAAUAAAGAAAACAUUAAAUUUAAACGACUAUUUUUCUUCACUCUCUAAAGAAGUUCUAUAUUUUUAAAAAUCUUAUGGGACCUUUUAUUAGGUAUGUUUUAACCACUGGACACUAACUUUCUGAGGUAAGCUAGUUCAACUCUAUCCCUGUACAAAAAAAACUCCUCGACUUGUAAUUAGGUACUAUGUAGCAUAAAUGUGAAUUUCUAGAUAAUCUGUGUAUACAAAUUUUGUAUGUUUUGUUAACGCCAAUAGGAACCAAAUAAUUGUUUUUUAAGGACUGUAAUUUAUUUUUAUAGUAGUAGAACUUGAGAUGAAAGGAAGGUGUGUACCUAAGUCUCGAAUUAUUUUGUCUCUGUUUCAAAAUCUUACUUAAUGAACUGGAUAUUUUUUAAAAGGACACGAAACAGAUAUGUAUGAAUUUCAAUCCAUGGCUUGGAUAUAAUAAGGUUAAUGGUCAGUAAAUAAUAUCUGUCAAACAAAUAUUAUUACAAACUUAAAAUAUUUCUAUUGUUAUUGUAUAAUUUUACAUUAUUGAAGUAGGAGAAAAAUACAGACAAAGUACACAUCGAAAUAGGGAAUUUUAGUUUAGAAGCUUUUUUUUAUUUUUUUAGAAGUUUUGGAAGUUUUUUUUAGAAUCUGAUUUUAGUUUAUUUUAAGUGGUCUCAAAGUUUAUUUCAGUAGUUUAUUUCAAAGGUCUCAGCUUGAACGAUUUUGUUAGAAAAUGACAAAAUUAGUAAAACAUUAUGAUAUAAGAGUUGGUAAAAUGUACUUACCUAUUUAAAAUGAGAAAACAAAAAAAAUCCAAUUAUUUCAAUUGGGUGUUUUCAACGAGUCAAAAACUGUUACCACCUAAAAGUAUUAAUAAAAAGCAUUUUAACACUUUAUGAAUUAUUAUAAGUUCUAAUUAAGAUAUGAGAAAGGUGAAAAACAGAUCUACACAUAUGAAACAUUCAAUGUUUGUUUUACAUGACAAUUUAUGACUUGUAAGACAUUGUCAUAACAGCCAAUCAAUUAAUUGUUUUAUUAACUAAGAUAAGUUGUUUAUUGAGUUAGGUAGAAGAACAAUCAAAACCGGUCUACUUGGUAUUUUAUAUUUUUUUCUUGAGGUGACAAAUUGAACUUGUUACAACUUGAAAAAAUUGUCAGUCAUUUUAAAGAUUCUACUUAUACAAUACAAUGUAGUAUAUUUUGUAAUGAUUUAGGUAUGAAAAGGAGAUAAAGCAGACCUGUAUUAUUUCUAUUUGCAUUUAAAAUGUUUGUUUCUACUUGACAAGCUUCACUUUUUAUAACAGUCAUUAAGUUUAACUUAUGAAAAUAUCAUAAUUUUCGACUGAUUAUUAUUUUUGAUAAGAGAAAUGUCACGUCAAAGAUUCAAACAUCAAUUUGUGGUUUAUACAUGACAAGCUUUACUAAUUAAACAAAUGUUACGACUUC